AUGGAGCGCGUCUCAAUGGAGGUGGACCUCGAAGCGAACGCUGCGAACGAGCGGCUCGUCGAGCCGGCGAGCUGCUCGGAACUCGUGGUCUUCGGGAUGGGCAACAACUCGGAUGGUCAGCUGGGCUGUGGCUUUUUGGAUGAUGAUGACGACAAGAUCUUUGAGCCUUGUGAACUCAAAGCCUUCGACAGCAUCCAGGUCCGGAGCUGCGCCAUGUCCUUGAGACACUCCAGUUGGCUCACCACGGAUGGCAUCGUGUACACGGCUGGGGACAACGACUCGGGUCAGUUGGGCCGCAGUGGGAAGCGGACGAAGCCCUUCAAGAUCGAUUCCAUUGAACACUUGCCGGUUGAGAGUGUGGCCGCUGGCAAUGGCUUUACCGUCUUAGCCGGCAAACUUGAUGGCCGCUUGAUGGGAGUAGGGCGGGGCGAUCGAGGGCAGCUGGGCAUGGGUGGCGCCGACCGUGAUGACAAGGAGCGCGUGAAGUUCUCCUCCGCUUCGGGCGAGCAACUCCUGCAGAUCUCGGCGGGGGAAUCGCACUGCCUAGCCCUCUGCCGCUCGGGGAAGGUCUUGGCCUUCGGGGAGAACAAGCACGGGCAGCUGGGAAGCGGAGAUUUUGUGAGUAGUGCCACUCCCAAGGUGGUCGCUUCGUUGUCUUCGCGCCCCAUCGUCCGCGUCUGCUGCGGCGCGCAGCACGCGCUGGCGCGGACAGCCACGGGUCUCCUGUGGGCGUGGGGCUGCAAUGAGCAUGGCCAGCUGGGCUUGGGAGACUUGAAGCCUCGCUUCCGGCCAGAGCAGGUGAAGGCCCUGCGCGUCUCCCGCUGCGUGGAUGUGGCGGCGGGGCAGCGCCACAGCUUGGCGCUGAGCGAGAAGGGCCUGGUCUUGGCCUUCGGUGCCGGGGGCUCUGGGCAGCUGGGCUCCGGAGGCAUUGCGGAGACGGAGCCAUAUCCCAAGGUGGUGGAAGUCCUGAAGGAAGUGGGCAUUUGCUUGCAAGUGGCCUGCGGGCACUCGCACAGCUUGGCCUUGGUUCAAAACGAGGAGUCCUUGAAAGAGAGCGUUUAUAGCUGGGGUCUCGGCUCCUCCGGUCAGCUGGGCCUCCCCAAGAGUCAGUUACAGGAGCAGCUGAAGAUCUCCCCCUUGCCACAGAAGCUGAAGUUGGAUCCCAGUUAUCGAGUCAUCAGCUUGAUGAGUGGGCCCCUGGCGCACCAUAGCUUCUUGAUCGUGACGCGCACAUCGAACGGAUUUGCGAAUGGCUACCCAAAAGCCCAUAUGCAGAGUCCUCGGACUCAGAGCUUUCGGCAUUCCUUGCAGACCGCCAUCGAUGCUGAUGAACUGCUGGGCGUGCUGCGGAAGUUGCGUCCAGGAGAAGCCUCUCAACAGGUCUCCUUGGUGAAAGCCAUCGGCGCAGCCUUCAGCUCAGUGAGUGUCCUCAACGCCUCCUUUCGCCUUUCAGCGACGGACACGGGACGCAUCAGCACCACGAGCGCCGAGUCCAGUGGGGUGGAUCUGUUGAAGGUCCGCAAGGCCUACAAUACGUUGGUCUUCGAGCUGAACAAUGCGGAGCUGGUAAAUACUUUGGGCAGGGCCACGCUCUCCAUCUGUGACGAGUUGUCCAAGCACAAGGUGCCCAGCGAUGAUCCGGAGACGCUCUGCGUCUUCCUGGUGCUCUUCGAGAAUCCCUUGCUCCUCGCGGAGCACCGGACCUCCCUCUUCGCGGGCUUCCACGUGGCCCUGCAAAAGCUCACCGCCGCCGUCCUCUCGUUGCCCAAGGAUUCCCAGAAGCUCCUCUUCGGAUGGCUCAAGCAUUUGCCCAGCGAGUACUUUGGCCGUGUGGUCACGGUGAUGCAGCAGUACGUGACCUACGUGCUCACCCAGCCGGGGCAGAACCAAUCGGAUGUCUCGGCAGCGGUGAUGAUGUUGAAGACCUUGUGGGAUGUGAAUGCGGAGAUGGGCGGCAUCUUGCCGGAGUGGUGUUUCCAAAGCUGGGCGAUUUCUCAAAGCGCUGACUUGCAGGAACACUACCGUCAGUGGCAGCAAGAGCAGCUCUUGGUCUUUUCCUACUGUCGCUACCCGUUUCUGCUGAAUGCGGGCGCCAAGCGACGGCUCUUGGCGUUCGACGUGGAGCUGAGGAGCCAAAUAUGCUCGCAAGAGAUUUGGGCGAAGCUCAUGAGAAGAGAGGGUGCCCAAGCAGCUGCUGUGGAGAUGCACUUUCAGCAGCUCCUUGUGUACAGGGUUCGAAGAGAGCACGUCUUGUCGGACUUCUGUGGGCAACUCUGGUGGCGCCGGAGAAAUCUGCCGCAGUGUUUCUGCCUUCCUUUGACCGUGGACUUCCUGGGUGAGCAGGGCAUCGACGCCGGAGGUCUCCGAAAAGAAUGCUUGCACCUGGUCUUGCGUGAACUUUAUGGGAAGACGCAGCUCUUCACUGAGCUGGAUGAGUGGCCGGGCCUCUUGUGGUUUCAUCCGGAGCAAAAGCAGGUGCAGGCCAGUGAUCCACCGGAAGGAGUCCUCUACGAUGAGAGCUGGGUGGAACAUUUGGCUGAAGUGGCUGGGGCGAUUGUGGGCUUAGCCGUCUACAAUGCAAUCUACUUGGACUUCAGGCUUCACCCCUUGAUGUACCGCUUCCUGGUGCAGCAGACGGUGAACCCACGCUUGGAGGACCUGGAAAGCCUUCAUCCCUCACUCUACAGAUCGCUGAAGAGUUUGAGAAAACAUGAUCCGAAGAGCCUGUGCCUGACCUGGUCCGUGAGGCUUCCGGGAGCUGAGAAGGAUGUGGCUUUAGUGGGAAAGACGGGGGCUGAGGAGGUGGAGGCAGAAGAGUUGGAACACUUCAUCAACGAGUAUGCCCAGGGAGCACUGUACGGCGGCAGCGAAGAACAAGUGAAGGCCUUCGUCCAAUCCGCGCUGCUUUGUAUGGCAGUGGGUCCUGCAUUCUCUUUGUGCACUGCGAAUGACCUGGAGCUUCUUGUGUGUGGAUUGCCUUACUUGGGCAAUUUCCAGGAGCUUGAGCUCAGCUGCAUCUAUGCCAACGGGUACCAUGCAGAUCACCUGGUGGUGAAGACCUUCUGGCGCGUGGUGCACGGGAUGUCUGAGAUCUGGCGCCGGAAGCUGCUGCUCUUCUGCACGGGCUGCGAUCGCGUCCCUAUCCUGGGCCUCAGGGCGUUGAACUUCGUCAUCUCCCGAAGUUUGGCAGAGCUGGACCACUUGCCCACAGCCAACACAUGCAUCAACCAACUGAACCUCCCGGAGUAUCCCACUGAGGAGAUGAUGCUCAUUCGCCUUCAAGCAGCUCUGGAACAUGAUACUGGCUUUGGCUUCGCCUGA